UGUAAUAUUGAUAAACCGUUUUCAUCUGGCAACCGAAGUAAACAACAUGGCCGGAGCCGACGAACAGAAAGAGAACACAGAUUCCUUGUUGGCUGAUAUCCAGAAAAGGAUUACAGAUGCAUUUGACAUUUUUGACAAUGAAAAUAACAAAACAGUUGAUGUCAGGGAAGUGGGUACAAUCAUUCGCUCCUUAGGCUGUUGUCCCAGUGAGACUGAACUCCAUGACAUGCUUGCAGAGAUAGAAGAAGAGGAGCCAACAGGAUAUAUUCGUUUUGAGAAGUUUUUACCGAUGAUGACGAAAGUUUUGAUGGAGAGACGAUACAAACCUCUACCAGAGGAUCAGCUGUUGAAGGCGUUCCAAGUUCUGGACCACGACAACAAGGGCUUUCUUACACAAGAAGACUUGGCCAAAUACAUGUCAGAGGAUGGUGAACCAUUCCAACAAGAAGAAAUGGAAGAAAUGCUGUCUGCCGCCGUGGAUCCCGAGAAAGGAUGUAUAUUAUAUAAGGACUAUGUGUCGCGAAUGACAAUCGAGGAAGUGUAACACUGUUAACAAGAACCUGUACAUACAAACAUGUAAAUAGAUUUCAUAUUUUACCAUUUAAA